CCGCGCUGGAGUGUGUGAGGGAGAAGCUGCUGGAGGUGCUGAAGAUGGCGGAUGGAGACAGCGGGAGCGAGCGCGGCGGCAGCAGCGGCGGCCUCCAGCACUUCCAGCGGGAGCAGGAGACGCAGGAGCUGGCCUCCAAGCGCCUGGACAUCCAGAACAAGCGCUUCUACCUGGACGUCAAGCAGAACGCGAAGGGCCGCUUCAUUAAGAUAGCGGAGGUGGGCGCCGGGGGCUCCAAGAGCCGCCUGACUCUCUCCAUGUCCGUGGCGGCGGAGUUCCGCGACUACCUCGGGGAUUUCAUCGAGCACUACGCCCAGCUGGGGCCCAGCAGCCCGGAGCAGAUCGCGCAGUCGUCCGGGGGCGAUGAUGGAGGACCGCGCCGGGCGCUGAAGAGCGAGUUUUUGGUGCGAGAGAACCGCAAAUACUACCUCGACCUGAAGGAGAACCAGCGCGGGAGGUUCCUGCGCAUCCGCCAGACCGUCAACCGUGGACCGGGAUUCGGAGUCGGCGGGGGAGGCGGGCCGGGAGGCGGCGUGCAGGCCGGACAGACCAUCGCGCUGCCGGCGCAGGGAUUAAUCGAGUUCCGGGAUGCGCUCGCGAAACUGAUCGACGACUACGGCGGAGAGGAUGAAGAGCUGAGUGGGGGUCCCGGAGCCGCGGGGGGCUACGGGGAGCUCCCGGAGGGCACCUCCAUCAUGGUGGACUCCAAGCGCUUCUUCUUCGACGUGGGCUCCAACAAAUACGGCGUGUUCCUGAGGGUCAGCGAGGUCAAGCCCAGCUACAGGAACUCCAUCACCAUCCCGUUCAAGGCCUGGGGGAAGUUUGGAGGAGCCUUCAGCCGCUACGCCGAGGAGAUGAAGGAGAUCCAGGAGCGACACCGCGAUAAGAUGUACGAGCGCAGAGAGGAGUCCGAGGGAGAGGAUGUGGACGACGACUGACCGGACGAGCGGAACAACAAGUGCAUGAACUCCAAUAGCCUACUAAAAUAUUGAUGGGACAGAAAAGUAGAUCUGUGAAGUCUCUGUGGUGAGGGUUUGGGGAGGGGGGGUCUGUGUUGGAGCCCUGAGGAUGGGGUCUGAUUUAUUCCUGAUGCUGCCCGGCCCUGUCAAACCAGCAAGUUUAAUUGUCUUUGCCCACAAUUAAACCUUUGUUACAUCCGGCUGCUGAAUUUCUACAAGCGGAACAUGUGUGAUCGAACCAGGCGAUGAUAAGGGUGCAUUACUGUCCAACAUGUGUUUUCAGAGGGGAGAUGUUUAGUAUAUAUGUUAUAUAUAGCGUCACUGGUCUUCAUGGUGUGUAGGCAGCAUGGGACUUUCGCAACCAAAAGUUGUGUGUGUGUGUGUGUUGAGAUUAUUUUAUAGUAGAUGUUCCCUAAGUUAUUCUGUUUGGGUUUGCGUUCACGCAUCGACACACGACUUUGAAUGAGUGCUGAUUUUGGUUUGACCGCUGGUUUUGUGUUGAUGGAGGUUUUUAAAGCACCAGUUCCUAAAAGAGGCGUGAGCUAUUUGAUGGAAAAACUAAUAAUUGAUAUUAUGGACCGUGAGAUAUUUUGGUUUUGGGGUCAAAUAUGACAAGCUUUGUCUUUUUUUUUUUUUUGACUUGGGUCCAAGUCUCUGAAUAUUGAUGUGUGAUAUUAGUUAUUAUAGAGGACAGAGCUUUGCGGGGGAGUGUAUUUUCACUCCAUCCCCUUCUGUGUUGUGUUUUUUUAAUGUAAGAUCAUUCUUUAUGAGAGAAUAAGUAAAUAAACCAGCAUAUUUUUGAAUACA